AUGUUAUCUUCUCGACUCGGGAAUAACGUGGACAACCGCCUCAAAUUUCCGUUAACACAUAGCCUCCUCCUCCUGCUCUGUUAUGCUGCUGCUGUAGUGCCAGGUUCCGCUGCGCCGGAGUAUAGGAGGAGCCGGGCUCCUGCAACAUACUAUCCACAGCCAAAUGACUUCCCAAAUGAGCAGCUUUACCACGCCUACGUCGUCAUCCAGCGCUUCAAGAAUACCAUCACAUGCGACCCCAGGCAAACUUCCUCGUGGAUUGGCCAUAAUAUAUGCGAGUCAGGGUCACUUCCAGCAAAUCUUGGCUUCUCCAAGUUGAGCUACCUCGCCCUAGCCAACAACAAUUUCUCUGGGACAAUCCCACCGUCAAUCCAGCACCUGCAGGGCUCCCUCCUCGAGAUUCUCCUCCUGAACAACCAGCUGUCCGGAUGCCUCCCCCACGAGCUAGGCAUGCUCACCAACGCUGCCGUGAUCGACGCCGGCAUGAACCAGCUCACCUGCCCGAUCCCUUCAUCCUUCUCCUGCGUCAGCAGCGUCGAGCAGCUGAACCUGGCCGGGAACCGCCUAUACGGAGAGGUUCCCGACGCGCUCUUCAUGUUCGCUGCCGGGCCAGCCGGCCGCCUCGCCAACCUCUCUCUGUUCGGCAACUACUUCACCUCCAUCGGGCCCGUGUGCGCCGCAAUGAUCAAGGACGGCGUCCUCGACGUGAACAAGAACUGCAUUCCUGGCCUCGACAACCAGAGGCGACCGGUGGAGUGUGCGGCAUUCCUAAGCCAGCCGAAGACGAUGUGCCGGGCCUCGAGUACUCAGGUGACAUGCCCCGCCGCAGCUUCCCAGAACGCGGCGGCACGGGGGAACAGGAAGGCCAGGGACUACUACAGCUAG